CAGCCGCAAGGCGGAGCACAAGUGCGAACCAGCAACCCAGUAGUCCUCCCGGGGCUGCGAGGACAAUAAAACAUGGCCACCUCGCAGUAAGGCCACGUUCCUUUCAUCCUUCUUUCUCAUAACUUCUGCCUUCUCUUUGAAUCCUCACUACGCCGUGGAGGGUGCGGAUUUUUCGGUGUCUCAGUCCAAUCUCACACUCCGCACGUCCGGCCUCCGAUCGCCAGCCCCCGCAUCUAACAAUGGGUUCGUCAAGAUUAGGCCCGCCGCUCUCCAGCACUUGUGGAAGAUGCAGCUACUCUGCUUGCAUCUGCUAUAAAACAGCAUCAAAAGUUGCGCCUGCCGAAUAUGCACCUUUUGGUAUCUAUCCCGGCGCCGUACCGAGCACCGAGAGAAAUAAUGCCGUCGGAUAUGGAUAUUUCACCAACAGGUUUCACAGUGAAGUAGACGGGCUUCAAGCUGGUGUUGACUAUCUGGAUACAUUCGAAGAGCAGGCUGAGGAAACACCUUUGGGUCGAAUUCGUGGCAAAUCUUUCAAGAGACUGCUAGAGCUCGAGCAACAAGGUCGAGACUUGGGCCCCCGUUGGAAAAAUAGGGAGAGGGUGGACAAGACUCCCCAGAAACUAGCUACUCCAGAUGUUGCCCUAGAUACAUAUUCGAUAGAUCCAUAUUCGAUCCCCCCGCACUGCAUUUUUGGUCUCCACGAUUCUUACACAGAUCAAUUCUUCCAAGAUGGUACCGUCCCCUCGUUGGUUGACGCCAAUGACGAUUCCUGGAAGAUCCAAUUUGAUUAUGAAGGCAAUGAGUGUGACCGACCGGAGCUGUCAGAAGACUUUUUUUCUCAACUGGGCCCAGCCCAAGAGCAGUUGACUGGCGUUGCAUAUGAGUCAGUUCGGAUCCACUCACACGAGGAGAGGGGCUACGCGAGCCAGCAGUAUACGUGCAGCAAGGAAUUACCUACAAUCAAUGAAGCCCCUUCAGAGGAGACCACAAAUGUGGAGAUCGACGAACCACCAACAAUUGCCAAGAAAGUUCCACAGAAGUCUCAAUGGGCAACGCUACAGGAACUUCGCCUGUCAUCCAAAUUUCACUACAUGAAGUUCCUCAGACUCACUGCCAAUCACAACUCAAGAGGGAUCAAAAUGCUGAGACGAAUGUACGGCAGCCCGAAAGGAAUGCUUGGUACAGGCAUAACGACCUUUAGAGACGUACUUAAGGGCCAAGAACCUCAGUCAUUGAAGGAGAUUUUUGCCUUUACCUGUCUAUCCUAUGUUAUGUCCAAUCUACUCCAAAAGCAUGGGAGGAUAGAAGGUUCUCAGGUUUUGGCUGAUACAGAUCGAUGGCGACUGGCUAUCAAGAAAGAGAAGGAUAGGCUUGUCUAUGAUGAGGUUGUCAAGAUAUUGUGGCCCGAAAUUAACUUCCUCAAGGAGCAUUCAAAAGAAAAAGAUGCCAAUUCAACACCGCCUCCGACAGAGCCACAUCUGGGCAGCAUGGUUCCCACUGGUCUGACAUUCGACGCCUCGACUGGGCCUCUCUAUGUCCCAUCGUCGAUGUUGGCAUAUGGCACGACUGCAUCAUCAGACUUCAACUUCCUCGAAAGAGCUCGGGCUGCAGACUGCUCCAACAUUGAAAACGAUAUACGGUCUGCACUUCAAGAUCUAGACAGCCACCUCGGCCCAGAUAAUCAGCCUCAUGACUACGGAUUGCAUGACCAUGUCAAGGGACUCUUGCAGGAAACAAGUACACAUGACAAUUUCAUGUUUGCGGAUUUCUUGAACUUCUAUGAUCCGCAUUUGGAGAACAACAUAGACGCUGCGUCUGAGAAGCAGCCGCCAGAAAUCGCGCCAACGACACAUCCGCCAGACCGCCCACCCCAGAUUUUCCCGCCUAACGAGCCGGUUAGCACACUCGAUCCGGAGAAAUUGGGCAACUCUUCUCCGCCGGUCGCCGACUCCAAGGUGCUGGACCAGACAGAAUUGUUAGCGCCAAAAGCAGAUGAGGUUCCCGCAGUUCCACCCUUGCUGGGAAGUCUCAUUGAGACAAUUAUGUUUCAAGUCGCGGUGGAGUUCAUGAAGUUCAUCACGAGCCUGGGAGAUCUUCUAUUCCGCUUAUCCGGCUGUGGUAUCACCUCUCGUCGCAAGAAACACGAAGUUGAGGGCUACACUCGACCCGUUCAAGAAUUCGGCGAGUUUGUCACUAGAGCCGUAAAGCUUGUUCUUGAACCCAUAAAAGAGGACUUAGGUGAGGUAGAUGAGUCCGUUGACGCUGUGCUGUGCAUGGCAGACUCUUUCGUGAGGCUUGGCCGUCUUCACACCGUGAGAGAGAUUGAAGAAUAUAUCAUCACCACCGCGCGUCAUCUUGCCUGUAAUUAUACAUCGUUCACUACAAUCGUGUCGAAAACAUUAAAACGAUGCCUAGCUGCUUCUGAUCAAAUGACAUGGGAUCAUAUAUACCCUAGCUAUGCUGCUGACCAAGAAGACUACUCAACCACGUACAUCAAGAAGACGGAGGCAACAGAAAUCGAGUGGGCAAUACAGAACUUCAAAAAGGAGGACGAUGGCGAGAACAACGUCAACUUCACCACCAUCAAUGUCAUUCAAACUGCCGAACCUAUCACCACACGGCAUGAAAGCAACUCUCACCCCCCUCCCCGAAUUCCAGCAACGAGCGCCAAUCCUCCACGACCCCUGCCUCCAGCUCCAGCGGUGACCUCCCCGCUCCCUCAAAAGCGCACUGCCACUACUUGCACUGCAAGAGAUCGUACACCGGCAAAGACGCACGCAUAAACUUGCGGCGGCAUAUCAGGACCCUGCACGAAGGAUGCAAGGCGAUCAAGUGCCCGAACUGCAGAUAUGAGUCGUCGAGACGGGAUAAUGUGCGGAAACACUUUUUGUUGAAGCAUAAGGGGGAGGAUGUGCCGGCGGUAUUGAUGUGCAAGACUAGGGCUUAGGGGGUGUUUGGAUUUGUGGGAGGCGUUGGU